GCGUGUGACUGAUGGGGAAGGUGGAAGUGGUACCCUGGGAGCAAUUCGUGCAUUGCUGGGAGGGGCGGAGGACCCGCUGGGAUCCACCCUGUUGCAACGGGGCGAGGGCGGAGAUUAUGGGCAGCACCCCCCCACUCCACCCCACCCAAAUUGCAUGGGAGCUACUCGCUGCAAGGGCGCAGUCGGUGGGCCCAGUGAGUGGGUUGGCGAAACCUCGAAACCCCGCCACUGGAAGGAUAUCAAGCCCCUUGAGACCCACCUGUUGAGAGGAGGGGUGACAGCUGAUCCAUCUGGGAUCUGCCCGUGGCAAGGGUACCAAUAUGUGCACAUUCUUCAGAAAGCUAGUAACCCAUAUCUCACCACAACCUUGAAAUUCCAUCACUGCAAAAAUCUCAGCCUUGAGGGCCACUUGUUGAGAGGAGGGGUUGACAAAUGAUGUAUUGUCCAAAACCCAGCUGUGUUUUGCCUAUGGCAUAUGUGCCAAGGCAGAUAUCUGUGCAGGUUCUUUUGCUGGGAAUGGGGGAGACUCACAGGGAAAGUGGUGCACAGCACCUUUCAGACAGCUUUGCCUCAGAUCCACUUGGGGUGAGUGAGUGUUCAUAGGGCACUAGUGGGGACCUACCGCCCUCCAGGUAUUGUUGGACUCCAGACCCAUCAACCCCAAAUGGCAUGGCCAAUGGUCAGGGAUGAUGGGAGUCGAAGUCCAGAUGCAUCUGGAAACCAAAGGGUUUUCCACCUCUGGUGCAGGAUAUAGUAAUGCUGCUUCUAAACUACAAGUAGCAUGUAACUGCGGUAUAUAAGAUGAAUAAAUAAAUAUUCCAUAAAACGAGAGGAAGCCUCAGGAAUCCACUUGCUCCAUAGGAAAAUGUGGUGUCUACCCACUAUAAUCUGGUGCUGUGGGCUCUGUGUCAGCUGAGAUGCCUCAAAAUAUAAUGCAUAGAAAGGACUCUCCUGGUAAAUCCAUUUCCCCAAUACUCCCUCCUGCAGAUAAAUAUACUUAUUGAUCAGUUGCAGAAAAUAGACUGUUUUAGUUUUUAAAAGUUGUAUUGGAAGGCACUAUAUGUACGUAUGCAGAAUGGCAGGAAUGUUGAGGGUGGAAAAAGAAAACGCAGAGGAUGGUGUGGAGUGCCUGAUGGCUGCUGAAUGGUUAUAAAAUGUCCCAAUGCCCCAAAUGCCCACUGGGAACUGAGGAGGACAAAAAAAAGUAGAUGUUAGUGGAGGAUCAAACAGUUACCUUUGCCCAGAGCAACUAUUUGGGACUUAAAUUGCUGUUUUUGAAAUGUCAUGCAUUUAUUAUUGCAUUUCUGUUCCUGCCUUUUCUACAUGGAGUUCUUCUUUUCUCGUCACAACAACCCUGUGAGGUUGGUUGGGCUAAGAGAUUUGUGAUAGACCCCAGGUCACCCAGUGAACUUCAUGACAGUGUGUGGGGAUUCAAACCUGACAUUCUAAUCACUACCCUGAUUCUGUGUACGCUUGUUCUGCAGAAAUUAGCACCAUGAGGCUCUUCACAGCCUGGAGAUAAACCUUAUGCCACCUGCUAAUUUGCUGCAGAUGAAUGGCUGAUAAACGUCAGUUACAGACAAUACUUGUAAAGUUGGCAACUCUACAUGUUGUUAAACAGAGUGUUCAACAAUGCUUGUGUAUGAAACUGACGUACCAUCCCAUUUAAAUCAAUUACGAUGGUACAUACAGAUCUCAAGUUAAUGUGGAAUAAAGGCUUGAAGAAUACUAGUACUGUACAUCAGAUUUAAAUCUGAUGUUGCAGGGUCAGUCUCAUUCUUUUCCUCCUGUAUCUGAUAUCUACAUCAUUUGGAAGGAACACACAUAGAUUUGAGUGGAAAACUGACUUCUAAUGCACAUGCACUAAGUAUCAUAUUCUGAAAUAACUUCAGACUUUCAUGCAAAGGGAAGGUGAAGAGGCAGUUUGCCUUUGAUUUGUUCCAAGUUUUUUGUUUGUGGGGAUCCAUGGGAACAUCAGCAGGAAGGUCAAAGCACUUUCCUCUUCAAAACUGUAGGCUCUGCUGGAAUCUAAUGGUCUGGUUUAGUCCACUCUGGAUGUUGGUCUGUGUUGCUGUCUUCUUCCACCACACCUCCCUUCUUGACUGCAACUGCAGCAUUGGCUGCAGUGAUGACUUAUGAUCAUGCAAUUCUGUUGCCCUGGCUAGGAAGGUUACGCAGCUUAUAAAAGAGUGCUAGAUUGUCAGAAGGCUAUAAAAGGGAUUUACUCAGGUGCACAGUUUACUUGAGGUUGGCACAACCUGCCUUGAGAAGCGGGAGUAGCACUAGACUUCAAGUCUUUGGGCAAGUAGUAGAGCUGCAACCUUUAAUCAGUUACAAGGCCAUAAGAAGAGAAGUGCUGGAUCAGGCCAGUGAUUCACCUGGUCCAGCAUCCUGUUCUCACAGUGGUCAAUCAGAUGCUCCAAUGGGAAGCUCACAAUCAGGACCUGAGCACAGGAGCUCUCUGCCCACCUGCGAUUGCCAGCAAGUGAGAUAUUUCCUCCAACAGUGGAGGUCAAACAUAGGUUUUACCUGAGUGGUGGCUAGUAGCCAUAAUAACUAUUUUCCUUAACUAAAAAGGCACACACAGUUAAUUAAGCUGUGCAUUUUUAGGAAGGUUACUUAUUUUUAAAAUAAGUAUUUAGUGCCUGCCAUCUUUUUAUAUCUUGGAAGAGAAUCCAGUGUGCUAUGGGGUGCAGUUCAGUGUUUUGCUUCCUGCACCUUGGGAUCAGAUUACCUAAGAAAUUGCCUCGGCCCCAUAUCCUUGCUGGUCAACUUUGUUGCUCAGGUGGGACAUUGCUGAGAAUACUGCAUGCCCCAGAGGUGUGCUAUGUAUGCAGUAAAGGCUAGGUUUUUAAUGUUGCAGCUCCAGCCAUCUGGAAUGAGUUCCCACCUGAAAUUAGACAAGAGCUUAAUGUCUUGAUAUUUAGGCGCUGGAUGAAAAUGGUUUUGUUUUUUAAAAAGUUUUUAUUAAAGAUUUUCUUGGGUUAGAAAAGUAUUGCAUUGUGUCUAUUUUCAGGUUGCAAAGUCUUUUCUAUGGAUAAGUUACAUUUGAUGUGAGCCAUUAGUGUUGUAUACAAUAUAAGGUUGGGGGAGAAGAGAGGUGGGGAGAGAGAUUGAGGGGACGGGUGGUAGUAAACUUACAUUCUUUUACUUAGUGUAUGUGUGAGGUUUUUGUGUCAUCGUCACUUGGGUAGAUUCUCUUUCUUUUCAUUUAUUAGUUUUCAUUGGCAGUGAGAAAGUUUUUUGGGGGAGCCCAGGGCAUGGUUGGUUACCUUCAGUUGACUGCAGAUUUCUUUGCGGUGGGGUUGUUGAGUCAAGUUAAGCAUAUUGAUUUGUGUGCUAACAGUGGGUUCUUGUUGUCUUGUUGGACUGUGUGUGUAAUAAAGGGCAGCCACUCUGGGGCGAAUGUGUCCUCUUUUAUUUGUCCCCUUUUCAGUUUCAGUAUGUUGGUUAGCUUUUCUAGGAAGGCUGUUUCCCAUACAAUUUGGUACCAGUGGUCCAUGUUCACUCGUGACAGGUCUCUCCAGUGUCUGGCUACGAUGCUUCUAGAUGCUGAGAGUAGGUGGAUUAUAAGGUCUUUAUAAUGUGUGUGCUAUUGUCUUGGAAAAUAUUCAAUAGGACCAGUUCUGGGGUGGCUUCUGUUUAGUUACUUUGCAUAUUUCUUGUAGGACAAGAAGGGUUGGAUUUUGAGGCAAUCCCAUAACAUGUGGACCUCACAGCUACCAGGAACAACGUUGAACUCACCCUUUUCUUGAAUCUUCUUGAACUUAUUUAAAAAACAAGAAAAAAUGAAAAACUAAGUCAAGAAUUUGUAAGAACCUAGUAAAAUCUGAUAUUGCAAGUUCACUUUAUUUUAGGUAGUUUGUAAGUUUUCAUGGCACUUUGUUAGUAAUUGUCUCUUUCUCACAUAUUUGAUAAAUGGUGUAAAAGUUUGUAAUGUUGUGCAUAUUUUUUCUUUUAUUCUUUUAUUAACACUGCUUUUUAAUGCACUCUUUCUUUCUUUCUUUCUUUCUUUCUUUCUUUCUCUCUCUCUCUCUCUCUCUCUCUCUCUCUCUCUUUCUCUCUCUCUCUCUGGGCUACUAAGGUACAGUAGUCACUUGCACAUUAUUGAAAAAGACAGAUGUGGGGACACAUUUGCAGAAAACAUGCAUAUGCUGAUCUAUACAUGUAUGUGCAAAUGUAGAUAUAAUGACUAUAAUUUGAAUAGAAAGAAAGGUAAAGCUCACCUUAGUGGGGUAUUGGGAAGACUGUGACCAGCUGAGCAGCAGCCUGCUUGCUUACUCUACUGCCCAGCUGUUUUCUGCUGAUGCUCCUCUGCUUCCUGGGAUUCUUCCCCUUUAAGCCAAAACUGGACUUCAGGCAUUUCUUCAAAAUAAGAGCCUUCCAAUAGAGGCCUCUUCUCUGUAAAGCAGGAUACACUGCCUCUUCAUCAAACUAUCUCUCAGAUUGUGAGAUUAAAAUUGAGGGGGAACAAUGUAUGCUAGCCUAUGUUCCUUGGGGAGCAGCGGAAGAACAAUGUAAUAAAAUAAAGUUGUGUGUGUGUGUGUGUGUAAUUUUAAUGUUGCUUGAAUGGACUGGAGGCUCCUUCCCCAACCUGCUGCAUUCCAGACUUUGCUGGACUACAGUUCCCGUUAGCCAUAGUCGAGGAGUAGGGGGGUUGUAGUUCAAGGCAUCUGGAGCGCACCAUGUUGUCUACCCCUCCUUUGUGUCCCUUAAAAUACCCCAUAAAGUCCCCUUUACCCCCCCACCCCCGUUUCAUUAGACAUUUAGUCAAGGUUGAGUUUUGGUAUCCAAGACUACCACCCACCCAUCCCUGUUUGGUCUGCGUUCAGGCCACUGAAACUGAAUCUUUGUUUGGCUUGAGGGUGGGAAAAUAUUGCAAGGACUUCUGUGCUUUGUGGUGGAAAAUGUCCCACCCCACUCUCUGAUUUAUCUUCUUCUCUCCACCCCGCCGCCAUCGGCCUGCAGCAUUCCCGCAAAGUCCAGUGGGGAAUAUCCCUAAAACAAAGGAACAGGAACUCCAGGUGGGGACGAAGAAGCACUUUUUUUGCCCCACAUUUGCCCCUUCUCCCUCACUCUCCCUGGUCUUCCCCUGUUCACUGCCACAAGAUGGCUUCCGACAGCCCAGACCCUCUGAUGACCCUCUGCACAGAUUAUUGUCUUUACAACUUGGAGGGGACUCUUUGCUACUUGCUGGACAACGAGACACUCCGUCUCCACCCAGACAUCUUCCUGCCGAGUGAGAUUUGUGACAGACUUGUCAAUGAGUAUGUGGAGCUGGUAAACGCCGACACUAUCUUUGAGCACAAUGAGAACUUCUUCACGCUCUUCUCAGAUCCACGGAGCACCAGGCUGGCAAGAAUCCAUUUGCGGGAGGAUAUUGUGCAAGAUCAGGACCUGGAAGCCAUCCGAAAACAGGACCUGGUCGAAUUAUUCUUGACAAACUGCGAGAAACUGACAGCCAAGAGCCUCCAGACCCUGGGCAGCUUCAGCCCCACCCUUGUCUCCCUCAGCCUCUUCGGCUGCACCAACAUUUUCUAUGAGGAGAAGAAUCCAGGGGGCUGCGAGGACAACUUAAACCUAACCCCCAAGGACUUCGUCAAGGACUUCACAUUUGAGGGCUUCCACCGCCUGCGGUUCCUCAACUUGGGCCAGAUAACCAAAUGGGUGAAUGUGGAGAGCCUGCUCCGACCUCUGGCUUCACUGACUGCACUGGACCUCUCUGGGAUCCAGCUCAACGACAUCUUUUUCCUCACCCAAUGGAAGGACAGCUUGGCUUCCCUGGUGCUUUAUAACAUGGACCUCUGUGAGGAGCAUGUUCAGGCCAUCGCCCAACUGCGCAAGCUCAGGCACUUGGACAUCUCCAGGGACCGCCUCUCCAGUUAUUACAAAUUCAAAUUGACCCAGCGGGUCCUGAACCUCUUUGUGGAGAACCUGGUCAACCUCACCUCUCUGGACAUCUCUGGCCACAUCAUGUUGGAGAAUUGCUCCUCUUCUAGUGAGGACGAGAAAGUGGGCCAGACAAGCAUCAGCCCUGAAAUGAGCAGCAUCACCCCUUUCAGGAACCUGAAGCAGCCUCUCCAGUUCCUGGGCCUUUUCGAGACCUCCCUUUGCCAUCUCUCACACAUCCCAGCCUACAAGGUUACUGGGGGCAAGAGUGAAGAGCAAGUGCUCAACGCCAUUGAGGCAUAUACUGAGCAUCGUCCUGAGAUCACGUCUCGAGCCAUCAACAACCUUUUUGACAUCACUCGCAUUGAGCACUGCAACCAACACCUGAGAGCCCUCAAGCUAGUUAUAACAGCUCUGAAGUGCCACAAAUACGAUAAGAAUAUCCAGGUGACAGGAAGCGCCACUCUGUUCUACCUCACCAAUGCAGAAUACCGCUUGGAGCAGAGCAUCAAGUUGCGGCGCCAGGUUGUCCAGGUGGUGUUGAGUGGCAUGGAGUCUUACCAGGAAGUCACUGUGCAGCGCAACUGCUGCCUGACUCUGUGCAACUUCAGCAUCCCUGAGGAGGUGGAGUUCCAGUACCGGCGGGUCAAUGAGCUGCUCCUGAAUAUCCUAAACCCAACGCGGCAGGACGAGUCGAUCCAGCGCAUCGCGGUGCACCUUUGUAACGCCCUGGUGUGCCAGGUGGACAACGACCACAAGGAGGCUGUGGGCAAGAUGGGGUUUGUCAUGACCAUGCUGAAACUGAUUCAGAAGAAGCUGUUGGAUAAAACGUGUGAUCAGGUGAUGGAGUUCUCCUGGAGCGCCUUGUGGAACAUCACGGACGAGACCCCAAACAAUUGUGAAAUGUUCCUCAACUACAGUGGCAUGAAGCUCUUCUUGGAGUGCUUGAAGGAAUUUCCCGACAAGCAAGAACUGCAUCGCAACAUGCUGGGCCUCCUGGGAAACGUAGCAGAGGUGGAAGAGCUCCGCCCACAACUGAUGACCUCCCAGUUCAUCAGUGUAUUCAGCAACCUGUUGGACAGUGAAGCUGAUGGCAUUGAAGUAUCCUACAAUGCCUGUGGAGUCCUCUCCCACAUCAUGUUUGAUGGCCCAGAAGCCUGGAUGAUCAGUGAGCCCCGCAGGGAGGAGGUGGUUGACCGGAUGUGGGCAGCUAUCCAGCGGUGGGAUGUCAAUUCCAGGAGGAACAUCAACUACAGGUCCUUUGAGCCAAUCCUCAGGCUCAUCCCUCAAGGAAUCUCUCCAGUGAGCCAGCACUGGGCUACGUGGGCCCUUUUCAACCUUGUGUCUGUCUACCCAGACAAAUACUGUCCUCUACUGAUCAAAGAAGGUGGCCUCCUUCUCCUGAGCGACAUGAUCAAAAUGGCAUCAGCCCGGCCAGAAACGAAGGAGAUGGGAAGAAAAGUCAUAGAACACUGCAAUAACUUUAUGGACGAGAACAUGGACACGUCUAGAUAGAGGCACCCCUGGCUUUCCACCACCUGCCAGCAUUGCAUUCGACAUCUCUCCCGUUCACUGUACAUAGGUUGGACUUUCUCACCAGCUUAGCAGUUGGAACGAGCCUUUAUGAAUACGUGUGUGUGUCCGUCUUUUGAAAAAGACCCCCAGCAAACAAAAGCGCUUCCGAGUAGCACCAGCUGUGGGGACCAUUUUGCACAACAACAAUCCCUUUCCUUUAAAUAAUGGAUUUCUUCCUUAACCCCUUCUACCACUACAACUUCCUCUUUUUUUGGUCUUGUUUUGUUUCAAAUGGUUCAGAUUGGAGUUUGUGUGUAUGUGUAUGAUUUCUGUAUAUAUAUAAAAAAAGGAAAAUGAAGCAAUGACCACA